UGAGGGGAGGUGUACCCCGCUAAUGACGUCAUGUCACCUGCUGCCGCGUGACGUCACGAGACACCAGGAAGCUGCCGAACUACGCGCGCGCUCACUGGGAGCCGAGAAUUGGUCUGAUGGAGCAAAGGCACUCAGCGCAGCUCGGUAAAAAAAAGAAACAAUGCGACCAGUGUGCAUACAGCACGGAUCAUACUGGAAGUUUGGCACAGCACCAGAGAACACACACAGGAGAGAAACCCUUCAAGUGCAGUGUGUUUGAGAGGGCAUUUGCACAGUCAUCAAAUCUUCAAAAACACCAGAGAACACACACAGAAAAUAAACUUUUCAAGUGCACUGUCUGUGAGAAGGCAUUUGCCAAGCCAUCAGUUCUUCAGAGCCACCAGAGGACACACACAGGAGAGAAACCCUUCAAGUGCAGUGUGUGUGAGAGGGCAUUUGCACAGUCAUCAAUUCUUAGGAGCCACCAGAGAACACACACAGGAGAGAAACCCUUCAAGUGUAUUGUUUGUGAGAAGGCAUUUGCAAAGUCAGCAGUUCUUCAGAGACACCAGAGAUCACACACAGGAGAGAAACCCUUCAGGUGCACUAUGUGUGACAAGGCGUUUACACGGUCAUAUGAUCUUAAUAAACACCAGAGAACGCACACAGGAGAGAACCCCUUCAAGUGCAAUGUGUGUGAGAAGGCAUUUGCACAGUCAUCACAUCUUAAAACACACCAGAGAACACACAUGGGAGAGAACCCCUUCAAGUGCACUGUCUGUGAGAAGGCAUUUGCUAAGCCAUCAGUUCUUCAGAGCCACCAGAGAACACACACAGGAGAGAAACCCUUCAAGUGCACUGUGUGUGAGAAGGCAUUUGCAUGGUCAUCAGGUCUUCAGAUCCAUCAGAGAACACACACAGGAGAUAAACCCUUCAAGUGCACUGUGUGUGAGAAGGCAUUUGCACAGUCAUCAGGUCUUCAGAGCCACCAGAAAACACACACGGGAGAGAAACCCUUCAAGUGCACUGUGUGUGAGAAGGCAUUUGCACAAUCAUCAAUUCUUCGCAACCACCAGAGAAGGCACACAGGAGAGAAACCCUUCAAGUGCACUCUGUGUGGAAGCGCAUUUGCACGGUCAUCAACUCUUCACGACCACCAGAGAAUGCACACAGAAGAGAAACCCUUCAAGUGCACUCUGUGCGGAAAGGCGUUUGCACAGUCACCACAUUUGGCACAGCACCAGAGAACACACACAGGAGAGAAACCCUUCAAGUGCAGUGUGUUUGAGAGGGCAUUUGCACAGUCAUCAAAUCUUCAAAAACACCAGAGAACACACACAGAAAAUAAACUUUUCAAGUGCACUGUCUGUGAGAAGGCAUUUGCCAAGCCAUCAGUUCUUCAGAGCCACCAGAGGACACACACAGGAGAGAAACCCUUCAAGUGCAGUGUGUGUGAGAGGGCAUUUGCACAGUCAUCAAUUCUUAGGAGCCACCAGAGAACACACACAGGAGAGAAACCCUUCAAGUGUAUUGUUUGUGAGAAGGCAUUUGCAAAGUCAGCAGUUCUUCAGAGACACCAGAGAUCACACACAGGAGAGAAACCCUUCAGGUGCACUAUGUGUGACAAGGCGUUUACACGGUCAUAUGAUCUUAAUAAACACCAGAGAACGCACACAGGAGAGAACCCCUUCAAGUGCAAUGUGUGUGAGAAGGCAUUUGCACAGUCAUCACAUCUUAAAACACACCAGAGAACACACAUGGGAGAGAACCCCUUCAAGUGCACUGUCUGUGAGAAGGCAUUUGCUAAGCCAUCAGUUCUUCAGAGCCACCAGAGAACACACACAGGAGAGAAACCCUUCAAGUGCACUGUGUGUGAGAAGGCAUUUGCAUGGUCAUCAGGUCUUCAGAUCCAUCAGAGAACACACACAGGAGAUAAACCCUUCAAGUGCACUGUGUGUGAGAAGGCAUUUGCACAGUCAUCAGGUCUUCAGAGCCACCAGAAAACACACACGGGAGAGAAACCCUUCAAGUGCACUGUGUGUGAGAAGGCAUUUGCACAAUCAUCAAUUCUUCGCAACCACCAGAGAAGGCACACAGGAGAGAAACCCUUCAAGUGCACUCUGUGUGGAAGCGCAUUUGCACGGUCAUCAACUCUUCACGACCACCAGAGAAUGCACACAGAAGAGAAACCCUUCAAGUGCACUCUGUGCGGAAAGGCGUUUGCACAGUCACCACAUGUGACACGGCACCAGAGAACUCAAACAGGAGAGAAACCCUUCAAAUGCACUGUGUGUGAGAAGACAUUUUUAGAUUCAUCACAUCUUAAAAAACACCAGAGAACACACACAGGAGAUAAACCCUUCAAGUGCACUGUGUGUGAGAAGGCAUUUACAGAGUCAUCAUAUCUUAUAAUACACCAGAGAACACACACAGGAGAGAAACCCUUCAAAUGCACUGUGUGUGAGAAGGCAUUUUUAGAUUCAUCAUAUCUUAAAAUACACCAGAGAACACACACAGGAGAGAAACCCUUCAAGUGCACUGUGUGCGGGAAGGCAUUUUCACGGUCAUCAAUUCUGCACAAGCACCAGAGAGAACAUACAGGAGAUGAACCCUUCAAGUGCACUGUAUGUGAGAAGGCAUUUUCAGAUUCAUCUGUUUUUAAAAAACACCAGAGAACACACACGGGAGAGAAACCUUUCAAGUGCACUGUCUGUGAGAAGGCAUUUGCAGAGUCAUCAAAUCUUAAAAAACACCAUAGAACACACACAGGAGAGAAACAAUUCAAGUGCACUGUGUGUGAGAAGACAUUUGCACGGUCAUCAAAUCUUCAGAGGCACCAGAGAACGCACACAGGAGAGAAACCCUUCAAGUGCACUGUGUGUGAGAAGGCAUUUACAGAGUCAUCAAAUCUUCAGAGGCACCAGAGAACACACACAGAAGAGAAACCCUUCAAGUGCACUGUGUGCGGGAAGGCGUUUUUACGGUCAUCAAUUCUGCACAAGCACCAGAGAAAACAUGCAGGAGUUGAACCCUUCAUGUGCACUGUGUGUGAGAAGGCAUUCGCAGAGUCAUCAGUUUUUAACAUCCACCAGAGAAUACACACGGGAGAGAAACACUUCCGGUGUAGUGUGUGUGGGAAGGCAUUUUCAAAUUCAUCUGUUCUUAAAAAACACCAGAGAACACACACAGGAGAGAAACCCUGCAGGUGUAGUGUGUGUGGGAAGGACUUUUCAGAUUCAUUCGCCCUUAAAAGACACCAGAGAACACACACGGGAGAGAAACCUUUCAAGUGCACUGUCUGUGAGAAGGCAUUUGCAGAGUCAUCAGUUCUUAAGAUCCACCAGAGAACACACACAGGAGAGAAACCCUUCAAGUGCAGUGUGUGUGAUAAGGCAUUUGCAGAGUCAUCAAAUCUUAAAAAACACCAUAGAACACACACAGGAGAGAAACAUUUCAAGUGCACUGUGUGUGAGAAGGGAUUUUCAGAUUCAUCUGCCCUUAAAAGACACCAGAGAAUACACACAGGAGAGAAACCCUUCAAGUGCAGUGUGUGUGGGAAGGCAUUUUCAAGUUCAUCUGAUCUUAAGAUCCACCAUAGAACACACAUGGGAGAGAAACAUUUCAAGUGCAGUUUGUGUGAGAAGACAUUUUCAAGUUCAUUUUGUUUUAAAAUGCACCAGAGAAGACACGCAGGAGAGAAACCCUUCAGGUGUACUCUGUGCGGGAAGCCCUUUGCAGAUUCAUCACAUCUUAAAAAACACCAGAGAACACACACAGGAGAGAAACCCUUCAGGUGCACUCUGUGCAGGAAGCCCUUUGCAGUUUCAUCACAACUUAAAAAACACCGGAGAACACACACAGGAGAGAAACCCUUCAGGUGCAAUCUGUGUGGGAAGCCCUUUGCAGAUUCAUCAUAUCUUAAAAAACACCAGAGAACGCACACAGGAGAGAAACCCUGCAGGUGUAGUGUGUGUGGGAAGGACUUUUCAGAUUCAUUCGCCCUUAAAAGACACCAGAGAACACACACGGGAGAGAAACCUUUCAAGUGCACUGUGUGUGAGAAGGCAUUUGCAUGGUCAUCAUAUCUUCAGAUCCACCAGAGAACACACACAGGAGAGAAACCCUUCAAGUGCACUGUCUGUGAGAAGGCAUUUGCAUGGUCAACAGGUUUUUUGAUCCACCAGAGAACACACACGGGAGAGAAACGUUUCAAAUGCAGUUUGUGUGGGAAGGUAUUUUCAGGUUCAUCUCCUCUUAAACGGCACCAGAGAACACACAUGGGAGAGAAACCCUUCAAGUGCACUGUCUGUAAGAAGGCAUUUGCAUGGUCAUCAGAUCUUCAGAUCCACCAGAGAACACACACAGGGGAGAAACCCUUCAAGUGCACUGUCUGUGAGAAGGCAUUUGCAUGGUCAUCAGGUCUUCAGAUCCACCAGAGAACACACACAGGAGAGAAACCCUUCAAGUGCACUGUCUGUGAGAAGGCAUUUGCACAGCCAUCAGUUCUGCAUCGACACCAGAGAACACACAGGCAUCAGAAGAUCCCCAAGGAGUGUAGUCUGAAUUCGACUUGUGAAAGUCAAAGUGCUGCAAUGAGCCCAUCCCUCCUGAAAAAAGAACCAGAAGUGAAUUCCAAUUUGGACACUAUGAAAUGUUUAAAGGUGAAAUUUGAAGAGGUGACAGUGAAGAGCGAAGAAGUGAAGGUGAAAUGUGAAGAUGAAGAUUCAACUCCAAAAUCGGACCUUCACAUCGAUGGAGGCAACGUGAAGCAGGAGGAGAAUUCUGACUGUGAGGCAGAGCGAGGCAACUCCCAGCGGUUUGUGGAAGUGGAGGUGUGGGUGGACUUCUUAGAAAAUACAAAGUCAAAAGGAGAUCCUGUAAAUGUGUAAGUUUGAGACAAUGAAGCUCCAAUAGAUUCACCUUCGUCACAGGCCUUUAAUGAAAAUAACGUGAAGUUGAACACUCCAUUCCUAGGUUCAACCCGCACAGUAAGAGCGGUCAGUAUUUGCGGACCUGUGGGUUGGGUAGAUCUAACUAGGAGAUCUGAAUUCUGAGACCUGAUAGAAUUACACUAAAACAUAAUCAUUGUAUUUUCACAGUUGGUAAUACACCCAAGACAACGAAGCUGAGCCUAAUUUGCAUAAUUGCAUACAUUUACAGAAUUUCAUAAAAUUACGCAUUUUCCAUUGUAUUAUCGCGAUUGGUAAUAAACCCCUAGAUAACGAAGCCGAGCCUAAUUAAAUUAGCAUAAUUUAAUAAAAUUCAUUUUUUUCAGCUGCCACUGUGUGGCAUAAGGUGGUCCUGCACCAGCCUGCAUGAGUCUGUUAGUAGGGCGCGAUGAUUGAUGUGUAAUCUCAGUUGUCAUUUGUGGGUAACGUUUCGAAUUUGCCAAAUUUUAACCACAACGCCAGCAUGCAAUCGCAUGCACGUUUUGAAUGACAAUAGAAUCAGAUGUUAAGAAGUACGGUGCAUAUUUGUAAUUAAUGUUCCUGGACUAAUCAGGGAUGCCUGUCGGAUUUGAACCUCUGCAACAAAAAGAGAAUGCACUAUCACUUGGCUUCCCUCAAUCUGAGUACUGUAGGUGUAGGCCUCAUCCGACAGAGAUCAACUUGUAAAUACGAUAUAGCACGAUGAAAUACAUUUCAGUGCAGUAAUUUUAUUUUGUCAAUAUGCCUAUCGAUAAUUUAGAAUAAUAAUUUAAUGGAUUCUUAUUCUUGGUUCUUUUGGUAAAGUCACGUAGAAGGGAAACAAUAAAAUAUACAAAAUAUAAAACAAUAAAAUUCUCAGGACACUAUGAAAUGUUUCCACAGUAAGAAAAAAUUCUUGCUGUGGUUUUCACACUUGAUAAUUGCUUGUGUUGCAGUCGAAACGUCGUGAUAAUUUUAUUGUUUUAUAUUUUUAUUAUUUUAUUGUUUCCCUUCUACGUGACUUUACCGAAAUAACCAAGAAUAUGAAUCCCUGCAGUAACGAAAGCUUGAAAUCAAAAUUAAUGAAUACUUGUCUGAUUUUGUGCGUACAUGUUACAUUUUGUCUAAGGUCAAAUAUGGAACACGUGAUUGUAGGAGAAAGUGUGUGUUUUGGAAGUAACCUAUACAGAUAACUCACGUGAGAGCUGUUGUUCUUGUGAUACGGGUCAACUGGUAUUUUUCGUGAUUGAGGAAGCAUCUGCCUCUGGAAAAAGUAAUUGUCUUUGAAAUAAAGAACAUUCGCAUAAUUCAUCAGUUACGUAUAGGAUAUACAUUCUCCACAACACGUAUUCUAAUGUUAUCAUACGUGUGUGACAGUCAGAGUGAUAGCUUUGGGGGACAGGGUGUUUCUUUAAUUGGGGAGAAGCGAGGGACUGGGGGGGGGGGGGGCUUUGUGGAAAAGUAGUUGCAGGUGUGUGGGAUUGGAUUGGCUCGUGGGCACGGGGGUUUGGACUCGUGGGCAUGCCGCGCCAACCAAAUGGGGGAAGGGCCCAAGGGUGUGAUUCAAUUAAAGGCCCCGCUAUGGGGAACCAAGAGGAAGGGGCGGGGAAUUUCAUUACGCUCCUGAUCCUGCUCAAGGUAGCCUGGUGAUCUGGCUCCAGGUGGCAGGGACUGAUCCGAUGAGGUGGUGUUUGGAGCGUUUUUGUUUGGUCUGUUCCAGAGCCAGGUGGUGCGUCGUGCGUGCCUUGGGAGUUUUGCUCAGCGGUUUUCUCCCACCAGCGUUUGUGGUGGAGUAAGUCGGUGAGGCCGCGGUUGUUGGAUUGUUGUGUGACUGUGUUGGUUGUUGUCUUAUUGCUAUGUUCAUUUGGGUUGGUAUAGUGGCUUGUGAUGCGUGCACUCCUCCAGAGAAGUAGUAGCCCUGUUGCCCUUUAACAAUGUAAGAUUUGUGUAGAGAUUAAAUUAUAAGUAGACACUAUACAUUUGGAAAAUACCGGCAGUGGUUUUGGUUGUGUUACCCGCAUUGUAAUAUGGGGUGUCGCGUGAAAUAGAGGCCCCACUGUAAUUUAAACAACAGUGAUGCUAGCGGGUUUCGGAUGUAGACCGAAACCCGCUAAAGCAUGUCCCAAAAGGAUGCACCAUUGCAACGCGUUUUGUAAAUUUUGUCGAACUCGGACUAGAAAUGCUCUUUGCUGAUUAACAUCUGGAUGUUCGUAACCAUCGGUUGAACCAAGCCCGACUGCUGUUGAGACAUUGUACACCAAUACUGGUCCACAGGUGGCUUGUACCGAACAUUUCUCUGUGUCAUGGAGAGACCAAUAAAUGAAAGACACGUGUCUGCUGAUCUGCUUCAUAGCAAGGAGGUAAUUUUAAGAGCACAUUUGAAAUGUAUCUUGGAUUUUUAUUUAAGAUUUGUAUUCUAGCCUAGGUUUUAUUGGAUUUUAAUCUGUUUAAAUAAAACUUAAAUAACCGUGUCCAUCGAUA